GUAGUACACAUGACCUUCGUUCUUUCAGUACUUGGAGGCAGCAUUUGUUUUUCUUCCGUCAUCUGUUGAGCAGCAAAGCGAACAACCAUGAGGAAGGAGAUCAUCAUUCGGAUGUAUGUGAACUCGGAGAAAUACCAAACCAAAGCCAUGAAAGUGGCAGCUACGGCUAGCGGGGUGGAGUCGGUGACGCUGGCCGGCGGCGACAAGAAUCUGCUGCUGGUGAUCGGCGACGACGUGGACUCGAACAAGCUGACCAAGAGCCUCAAGAAGAAGGUGGGCGCCGCUGAGAUCGUGGAGCUGAGGACGCUCGACACGUUCGGCGCGUCGUCGCUCCCGCUCCCGCCGGGGACAAAGGGGCCGGUGGCGCCGUACAACGGCUCGCAGCACUACCAGUACGGCGCGGCGCCAGGCCCGUACGCUUACCACCACCACCCGUCGCCGCUGGCCGCGCAAGGCGGCUAUGGCUAUGGCUACGGCUACGGCAGCAGCUACUCGCGAGCGGUGGCGCGCAGCCACCCGGGCAACUACUCGCCGCUGGUCGAGAGGCACGACUACUACCCCAUGGAGCACUCCUCCUCGUCCGGCAGCGGCGGCGGCGGCGGCGGCAGCAGCAGCACCAGCUACAGCUCGGUGCCUCGCCGCGAUAGUGGCUCCGGUGGCUGCUGCAUACAGUAGCAGGCGCCACCCCGUGGCCUGCACAACAUCCAUCCAUCUCCGCUUACAGUUACAGCUAGAUUGAUCUUCUCAUGAAAGUGUUCUUCUUUUCAUCAGUUUGGAAGGUUGUAGCCGACUUUGUAAAUGUUAAUUAGCUGGUUGUCGCCCUGUUGAUGGUCUGAAGUGGCGUCAGAUGUUUCUGUAAUUACGUUGCUACUUCAGUUUGUGUUGUCGAUCA